AUGAAAUCAGGUGAAAUGAAAUGCAGACAAAAUCCACCAACAGAAGGAAACAAAGAAGCUACUGAAAAGAAGGAAGCUGGUCAAAAACCCUGUCUAUUCAUAAGGCGUUCCGCAAGAGGAUCAUACGCAUUAACAAAGAAGGUGGUUGUUAAAACUAUUGAACCUGUUGAAUUAACAAAAUACGAGAAAAUAUCACAUUCAGAAACAAAUAGUGAGGAAAGGAGCAACACAUCUGUAAGUUUGGAUGAGCAAAUACAGAAAAUGGAUGAACGAAUUAAGAGGGAUAGAGAAGAGUGGAUGAGACAAAUAUCAGAAGAAAUGCGCAAAAACAACGAAUCAGAUGAACCAGUAACAGGUGACAGCCCCAGUGAUGAUGGUAAGCAAUAA